AUGGCCCUCGCCAAAUUCAGUGAGGAUUUGACCAGAGCGCUGAAGGAGCAAGGAACUCCAGUGGAAUCAGCAUUGGAUAGUCCUGAAGACACUCCUUGCCACCGGCUGACAGAAGAUGUUGGUUUUGACAUCUUUGCUCACUUCCGUGGACUGCGAACUGCCACAUCGGCUUGGUCGGGAACGCCAACAGGGUGUAGCGACCAAGAGCCCACGAAGGACGAUGAGAACGAGCCCUUGGAGAAUGAACGCCCGUCUUCGCAUUUCCUUUUCGGCGGCGCUUGUCUGCGGCCACACACAGAUGGUAGCUUGGGCGCCCGGUCUGUUGAGGAGCGAGUCGAGUCCGGCCGGCGCCUGCGCGAGCGAACGAGAGAGCCGAAGGAGCAGAAGCCAAGGGAGCCAGGGCAGUUUUCAGAAUCGCGGAAGCAUGUGACCUCCGAUGCGGCAUCGGCGCUAAUGCGCCGAGCAGCUGCAGCAGUCAAUGAGUAG